CACAAAACCGUCGGGUGGAUCUUAUCAAGUGUCCGAAAGUGGGCAAUAGAAGGAAAAGGGUGAAGUGGGGAGACGACCUCGCGGUGUCUUCAAGUGUCGUGCAUGCAUUUUGCGCAUCUCAUCUCUGUUCUGUUUGCUUUGCAUGCACACCAUAGAUAGCUUUCUCUCUCUUCUUCUUCUUCUUCUCUCUCUACAUCUAUUCUCAUAACCCUUCAAUCCCAAGAACCUCCAUCGUCGUCUUAAUCUCACCUUCACUGAGUUGACCCACUCCUCUAGCUCACAGAUUCACUCUGAAAGUUGAAGUCUUUCUGUAUAAUCAAGAGCUAACCACACCAAAUUCAUGGCUUUUCUGUAAUGUUUGUAUUCAUGUCAAUGUGGCAUUCAAGAGAUUGGUGUUAGGUUUAAUUUGGGUUAAUGGCAAAGAUUUGCAUGAACCAAGUGUGCCGGGCACCGACGAGCCUCGAGUGGAAGAAAGGUUGGGGAUUGAAAUCAGGUGGAUUCGCCACUCUCUGUUACAACUGCGGAUCUGCCUAUGAAAAUUUAAUUUACUGCGAGACAUUCCACCUGGAGGAAACUGGUUGGAGAGAAUGCAGAUUCUGUGGGAAGCGUAUCCAUUGUGGAUGCAUUGCUUCAAAAGAUUUGCAGGAUUACCUGGAUUUUGGAGGUGUAGGGUGUAUAAACUGUGCAAAGAGUUCGGAGAUUCACUCAGUAAGACCAAUUAUGAUUCCAAGUAAUGAUAUUCCCAGUGGAUUUGGCACACUGACAACAAAUGAUAUAUGUGAUCUACAAUCCUCUGUUGGUGAAAAUAAAAUCAAUGGAAUUAUUGUUGAUAAGAGGAGGGUUAUGCAGUUGAGAAAAACAACGGAAGUGAAUGAGAUCAGCCACUUCCCUCAAGCUCAGAAUGGUGACUUAAAUGCAUCUCUUCUUCAAAGGAAACCUGAAGACAUCAUACGUCCGGUUGGGGAAGCCAGCAAAGCUUUUCCAAAUCUGACAGAACAUUCAGUUGUAUCAUCCAUAUUUGCUAAACCAGACAAUAACAUAAUAAUGCAAGGGGUUAAAGAUAUGUAUGAAUCACUCACUCAACCAUCCUUAAGUUUCUCACUAAGCCCUCCUUUGGGUACUACAAAUUCUGCAUUACCUUUUCCUGGUGGGGUUUUGGAAGGAAGGGAACAGAGCAAACUUCCUCCUUUUCAACAAGGGCAAAGGACACGCCAUAUUUUGCCCAAGCCCCCCAAAAGUGGCCUCACUAUCGGCUUAGAGGCGAAUAAGGAGAUGGUUUCUCAGGCGCGCACUGCCCGACCUCCUGCUGAAGGGCGGGGCAGGAACCAGUUACUUUCACGGUACUGGCCAAGAAUUACUGACGAAGAAUUACAGCAGUUAUCUGGAGAUUUGAAUUCCACUAUUGUGCCGUUGUUCGAAAAGGUUUUGAGUGCCAGUGAUGCAGGUCGAAUUGGUCGUUUAGUCCUCCCCAAAGCCUGUGCUGAAGCGUAUUUUCCACCUAUUUAUCAGUCAGAUGGUCUACCAGUAAGGAUUCAGGAUAUAAAGGGUAAAGAGUGGACAUUUCAGUUCAGAUUUUGGCCCAACAAUAAUAGCCGGAUGUAUGUGUUAGAGGGUGUAACCCCUUGCAUACAGAAUAUGCAAUUACAAGCUGGUGAUACUGUGACUUUUAGUCGCAUAGAUCCUGGCGGUAAACUUGUCAUGGGCUUUCGGAAGGCAGCAAACCCUGUUGAUGUGCAGGACAACCAAGUAUCUGUCCUACCUAAUGACGCUCCUUCUGGAGAAGGCUCCUUCUCUGGUGCUAAUGAAAACCUGGUUACAAGUGGAGGUAGGACAAAUGAGGACUCAUCGCAGCAGUCAUUUCUGAUUCCAGAGAAGAAGAGGACUCGAAACAUUGGGUUAAAAAGCAAGAGACUACUCAUGCAUAGUGAAGAGGCUAUGGAGCUGAGACUCACAUGGGAAGAAGCUCAGGAGUUGCUUCGCCCACCCCCGAGUGCCAAGCCAACCGUUGUCAUGAUUGAGGAGCAUGAAUUUGAAGAAUAUGAUGAACCACCAGUUUUUGGAAAGAGGACUAUAUUCACCACACGAGCAUCUGGGGAACAGGAACAAUGGACUCACUGCGAUAGUUGCUCCAAAUGGCGAAAGUUGCCUGUGGAUGUUCUUCUCCCUCCGAAGUGGACAUGUUCAGAAAAUAUUUGGGAUCCAAGCAGAUGUUUAUGUUCUGCACCUGAAGAUAUGAGUCCAAAGGAUCUGGAAAGCUUUUUCAGAGUUGGCAAGGAUUUUAAGAAACGAAGAACCAUAGAAAGCCGCAAGGUAGGCCAAGAACACGAGCCCUCUGGAUUAGACACCUUGGCCACUGCUGCAGUCCUAGGAGACAAUGUGGGUGAGUUAGGUGAUCUGUCAGUUGGAGCCACUACAAAACAUCCUAGGCAUCGUCCUGGCUGCAGUUGCAUCGUCUGCAUUCAGCCCCCUAGUGGGACCGGCAAGCACAAGCCCAGUUGCAUAUGCGUUGUGUGCAUGACCGUGAAGCGCCGGUUUAGAACCCUCAUGUCGCGGAAGAAGAAACGCCAAUCAGAACAUGAAGCAGAAAUUGCCCGGAGGAAGGACCAGGUUCCUCCAAGGGAUGAAUCAGAGAUGGCUGGCACAUCUGAACAUCCAUUGCCGCAUAUAAACCAUUCAGAUAAUGAAAUAACCGGGGUUAGAACACAAAUGGAGGUGGCUGAGUCCAGCAAGGAACAGCUAGACUUGAAUUGCCAUCCCAACCGUGAAGACGACCUUCUAACAGAGACAACAGGAGCGAGCAUGACCAGACUUGUUCAUGCAGCAAGCCUUCCACUAGAGACGUACAUGAGGCAGAAUGGGCUCUCAAACUUGCGCCCCUGUUUGCUCUCACCAGCCUCUUGUGAGAACGAGGGAAGCCCACCUGAUGAAGGGUAUUUUGCAUCUCUAGUACCAGAGUAUGAGAACAUGAGUGAUGAAGGAUAAUCUCAGCCCAAACGAGGCUGUUAUAAUUUUCCUUUUUUCAUUAUUUACAGGUUUAAAAUUAUAUAUGAUAUCUGUUUUCUUCCCCAACGGAUAAUGUUAUGUGUCUCCACAAUCAAAGAGUGCACUGUGUCUUACAAUGAUUUGUGCUUUGAUCUCUUCUGUUGACAGUAAUGGGUUAUCAUAUGUAUCUUUGACCGUAA